AUGAUAUUCACAAACUUGACAACCAAGACUGUUGAGGCGACGUCCCUAUUGAUAUAUGUGACAGUUACUGUUCCGUUGGCAUAUCUAGUAUGGACAAUUAUAUACAAUCUCUUCUUCAGCCCGCUAUCGAGGUUCCCAGGACCAAAACUUGCGGCAUGCACCAACCUCCCAUAUUUAUACUGGACAUCGACAGGUGAAUAUCAUUACAAGAUCAAAACCCUUCACGAUAAGUACGGGGAUGUCGUCCGGACUGGUCCGAAAACCCUAGUAUACCGCACCCCCCAAGCAUGGAAAGACAUAUACGGCCACCGCAAAUCAGGAGCUGGGUCAUUUCUAAAAGACCCACAGUUCUAUCUCCGUGGACCGAGAGGGCCGAAUAUUAUCAACGCCGAUGACGAGUAUCAUUCCAGAGCACGAAGACUACUCUCACAUGCCUUUUCCGAAAAGGCGCUGAGAGACCAAGAGGGCUUGAUCCAGUCCUAUGUCGAUAUGCUGGUGGAACGACUAGAUGGAGAAUUUUUGGCCUCGCGAACGGCCGAUAUGUCUCAGUGGUAUAAUUUCGCCUUAUUUGACAUAAUUGGAGACCUGUCCUUUGGGGAGCCUUUUGGCUGCUUGCGGGAGAGCCAAUACCACCCAUGGGUGAAGAUGGUCUUCGUGAGCAUCAAAUUAUUGUCGCUCGCACGGCCACUCGUUGUUUAUCCGUUUCUGGCGCCAAUUGCGAGGAUGUUUCUUCCACAACGGCUCGAAAGGAUGCGUGAAGAGCACUUCGCGUUGACCACAGAGAAAGUUCAUCAGCGACUUGAGACUAAAACCGAGCGACCGGAUUUCAUGACUUAUAUCUUGCGGUUUGAUGAUGAGAGAUCCAUGACCACACGUGAGAUGGAGGCUAAUGCCGCGGUCUUGAUUCUCGCUGGGAGUGAGACAACGGCUAGUGUGUUAUCUGGAUUCACCUUCUAUGUGCUAACGAGCCCCAAUGCAUAUCGAAAGCUCCUACAGGAGAUCCGAGGAGCCUUCAAGUCUUAUGAUGAGAUCAAUUUCCAAAGUGUCAGUCAGUUGGCCUACCUGAAUGCAGCAAUCGAGGAAACGCUACGAGUGUUCCCACCGGUUCCGGGUGCCACUCCGCGCGUCGUUCCCAAAGGAGGCGCCUUGAUUGACGGGGAAUUCAUUCCAGAGGAUGUUUCUGUGUCCGGGGCCCACUACUCUACCUAUCACGCCGAGGAACAUUUCACGGAAGCGGACUCGUUUAUUCCAGAGAGAUGGCUGGAGGACAAAGACGAGUGCUACAAAUCAGACAAACUGGGGGCUGUCCAGCCUUUCUCGCUUGGGCCCCGAAAUUGUCUUGGAAGGAACCUUGCAUAUGCGGAGUUGCGGCUCAUUGUCUCUAAAGUCUUUUGGACUUUUGAUAUGGCCAUUGACCGAAGUGCGGUUGAUUGGAAUAUUCAGAAAGCGUAUAAUGUUUGGGAGCGGAAGCCGUUGAUGGUCAAAAUGUCGCGGGCGCAACAUUGA